AUGAGUCCGCCUCAUUUUUUCACAUACCUUAUGAGUAUGCUGGAACAUAAGAGCAAGGAGACGCACGUCAUGAUUGCUUUGCCCCCAGAAUGGUUUUAUUCCGAGACAAAGUCGUUUACUAGUCAUUGGCACAAAGAUUUCAAAAAACAGCUAAAGAAACUGAACCUAGUCCUUCGACGGCUGAAGUGGAUUCAUGUUUACAUCUUUGGAUACCCAACCAACCCGCAGGAUUGGCAUUUCUAUGGACGAUUGGGGGCAGUCAACAACCUUUGUGGAUGUAGAAUUUAUGAGAAGAUUGACAUUGUGGAUACGUCUUCGUUUUUGCCUAAAGAUAAGAAGCCAGAAGAUUUGGAGCGACCAGACUUAUGGAAGUUGAAGUUAUUGCCGUAUAAAUUGGAGGUUGAAGUCUUGUGGAAGGCUGUGCGACACGUGAAGAAGAUUGGUGGGAAAUGA